CCAGAAUUCCAAGCCAGAUACAUGGCUGAAAACUCCUUAAAGAAUGCAGGUGCUUUCGCGCCUGUUCUUCACUCUCGUUGUGUUGUGUGCCUGCUGCAUCCUUUAUUUCCUGCUGUGCCCACACCUUUGUAGCUCCCUGUGUUGGUUCAGCUGCCAGCCUCAAGAAGAAAAAGGGGGCAAGUGGCAACGGAGUUUUAAAACUGCCCGGUUUGAGGGCUACAUCAGCGUUCCGGAUGGAAAGCCCCUGGCCCAGGUGCCCUGCCGCCAGUGCGCCGUGGUGUCCAGUUCUGGACAGAUGCUGGGUUCCCGUUCGGGGAAGGAGAUUGACGCCAAGGAAUGCGUCCUGCGUAUGAACCAGGCGCCCACCCAGGGCUACGAGGAAGAUGUGGGCAGCCGUAGCACCCUCCGGGUGGUCUCCCACACCAGCAUCCCUUUGCUGCUACGCAACCAGAGCUACUUCUUCAAGCAGUCCUGCGACACCACCUACAUCAUCUGGGGUCCUCCCAGGUUGAUGAGGCGGGAGAAGAUCGGCUUGGUCUAUCGGAUGCUGGCGAAGGUCAAGGAGAUGUAUCCGGCCUUGCGUCUCUACACGCUCACCGAGAAAAUGAUGGCCCACUGCGAUGAGCUCUUUCAACUGGAGACGGGGAAAAAUAGGAUGAAGUCCGGUUCCUUCCUCAGCACCGGCUGGUUCACCAUGGUUUUGGCGAUGGAGUUGUGCGAGCAGAUUUUCGUCUUCGGCAUGGUCAGUGAGAACCACUGCAAAGACAAGAACCAGCCUCUGGUGCCUUACCACUAUUUUGAGAAGGGGCGGCUGGACGAAUGCCAGAUGUACCAGGUCCAUGAACAAGCUGCCCACGGCGGGCACCGUUUCAUCACCGAGAAGGCCAUUUUUUCUCGCUGGGCCAAGAAAAGGAACAUUAUCUUCACUCAUCCGUCAUGGUCCGAUGGGUAGAAGGGGCUAUUUGUGGCUGGCUGGCUGAAGCUUUGCCACGUGGGGAGGCCGGAGUAAUUACGGCGUUGCAGAAAACUUGCACGGAAGGACGACGUCUGAGUGAUCCAAACAUCUCUCCUCCUUCUUCUGUUGACUACCGAUUUUUAACUUCCGCUGAGAGACUGCACAUUCUUCCUGUUUUGUUUUUUAUUAUUUCCUCUGUGCCUGCUGACGUGUUACGGUCCUUGCACAGCAAACAGAAAUGCUCUUGUCAAAUGCUGAGGUUUGAUGCUCUUAAGGCAGCUUCCUCUUUCAGGCAGAUUCUGGAGGGUUGAAUCGAGAAGAAGGAGAUUUUGAUGUUUUUGUGUUGCAAAAGCCCUCCCUGAAAAUUAAAGGCACAACCACCACGAAAGCAGAGAGAG